UAUAUUUAUGCCAGAAACAGGGUUUCGAUUUUGUAUUAUUUUACUAGAAAAUAAACUAAAAAUUUAUAAACUGCUGUGCAUAACUCGCUAGAUUUUAACUUUAAUUUGUGCUUCUCUAAAAUUAAAUAGUAACAUUUGGUGAUAACACGAUUUAAAGAUACUGUAGACGUUUCGAUAACUUGCUCAAUCGUUCAUGUCAGAUGCAUUCAAAUGAUAGCCAGCAGUCGAGGGGAUAAGUAGUCUUCUCGCUGCACAGGAUAACUUCAAAACAAAUAAAUAUACACAGUGCGAGACAUAUUUGAUACCAUGAACGGUUAAUGAGCCUGCUUCUGGAUAAUAUUCUAGUCCAUUUUCUUCUAUUUAAUACCCUUGAACAGAACAGUUUUGCCCUGGUAGUGUGAAAGACUUUGAAAAUGUUCAGUGAAUCAUAUGAGAGAAGGUUGCUGCAGCAGUGCAGUCCAGUGAGCCGGAAACAGUCUGUGUUGGUCCGGCCUGAGCCCAUGGACAGAUUUAUACCUUGCAGGCUUGAAAACAACUGGCAGACCAGUUUUCAAGCUAUACGUCGUGGAACAGAAAACCAACCGGCAAAGAAACCACGAAGCGACGGAAGCAACGACGGCGCCGGCGGCGGUAGAGACCACUUAGCGUACGGCUGUCUCCUCCGCAACGAACUCCUGGGCGCUCAGAUAGAAGAACUCAGAGGUCCACCCACAAACUGUGCGGAGGGGAACAGAGCAGCGCUCGGUGCUGUCCAAGUGGCGUCAGCUGCGAGGGCGGCUUUGGCAUACUCUCCGCCGGUUUUUAGGUUUCGAGCACCGGUACACAGCGCUGAGGAGAAUAUAGACCCGUCGCCGUACAGCCUUUCGCCUGUGUCAGCUAAAUCACAAAAGUUGUUACGUUCCCCACGUAAAGCUACACGGAAGAUUUCAAGGAUUCCCUUCAAGGUGUUAGACGCGCCCGAGUUACAAGACGACUUCUACCUGAACCUGGUGGACUGGUCCGCACAGAACGUGCUCAGCGUCGGCCUGGGGAGCUGCGUCUACUUGUGGAGCGCGUGCACCAGUCAGGUGACGCGGCUAUGCGACCUAUCAUCGGAAGGGAAUGCGGUGACAUCGGUGGCGUGGAGCGAGCGAGGUCACUUGGUGGCGGUCGGCACGCAGAAGGGACACAUCAGCGUCUGGGACGUGGCUGUUAACAAGGAGGUAACCAAACUACAAGGGCACAUAGCCCGCGUCGGGGCUCUGGCCUGGAACGGCGACAUACUAAGUUCCGGCUCGCGCGACCGGCACAUACGGCAGCGAGACACUAGAACACCACCUGUACAAUCAUCACGGAUUCUUCAAGGGCAUAGACAAGAAGUGUGCGGACUGAAAUGGUCGCCCGACGGACAGUCUCUCGCGUCCGGGGGCAACGACAACAAGCUCUUCGUGUGGUCUAUGCACUCGACAUCACCAGUGCAGACGUACUCGGCGCACGUGGCCGCAGUGAAGGCGAUCGCGUGGUCGCCGCACCAGCACGGCCUGCUGGCGUCCGGCGGCGGCACCGCCGACCGCUGCAUCCGCUUCUGGAACACGCUCACGUCGCAGCCCAUGCAGUGCGUCGACACCGGAUCCCAAGUGUGCAAUCUGGCGUGGUCGAAACAUUCGAGCGAGUUAGUUUCCACUCACGGCUACUCGCAGAACCAGAUUCUAGUAUGGAAAUACCCCUCGCUCACACAAGUUGCGAAACUCACUGGGCAUUCAUACAGAGUGCUAUAUUUGGCGCUUUCUCCGGACGGUGAAGCUAUAGUUACGGGGGCGGGCGACGAAACGCUCAGAUUUUGGAAUGUGUUUUCCAAAACUCCAUCCCACAAGGAAAACAAAAGCGUAUUAAGCCUCUACACCGCUCUGAGAUAAAAAAAAAAACUAGAAAAAUAUGACAAUAGACAAUAUUUAGUGUGGUGAUACCCUUAGUUCCUCAAACGAAUUCGUUCGGUGUUGCCAUUAUAAAAAAUAUAGACAAUUCGGUAGUUUUUUUUUCUCGCGGUCGGGUAGUUUAUGUGUGUUUAUUAAUAUUCGGUAUAAUUAGUUUUUGGUGGAGUGUACAUAAUAUAGUGGGACUCGUAAAUAUAUUUAUUGUUUCCGUCAGGAAUAUUCUUUUUUGUUUAUAUAUUAUGAGCUUAUUGGUAUAAAAUGUCUAAGGCCCGUUUACACUUGGCCAUCCAUCUACUUAUUAUUAAUGUUAUAAGUUUAGCAUUGUAUAUCUUCUGCUGACUAUCUAUAUUUACAUUUAAUAAAUCGCCCACCUAUUUCCUAUAUUUCAUUUCAUGUAUAGAACGACUGUGUGAAUCUUUGCUUUAUUUCACUAGGGCAAAGAUUUUUCACAGCCAUUCUUUGACCAUGUGUCAAUGUGGCCUUAGAACAUUCGAUCAAGUUAUAAAUAAUUAAUUAAUAAAGUUUAUAAAGAUUUCUUUAUAAUGAAUAGAAAUAUAAUGUGCUGUAAUAAACAAGCUGGUAAAAUUUGCUUUUUUCUUUGGUUUAUUGUCAUUCCUGCAGCAUUUUAUAUGUUAUAUACAAAUAUAUUGUUCGUGAUACAUAUUAUCGGAAUAUGUUCGCUUACAUAGUGAUAGAUUAUGUUAAAUCAUAUUUUUAUAGCUAUGUACAUUUGUUUGUGUAUGCAAUAUUAUACGUUAUGUGUAUUUAUUUCAUAGACAUUUAUACCACUACUGUGUUUACAUUUGUUGCAUUAUGUAACUAUUUUAUAUUCAAACUAUUUAUUUUGUAUGAGACAGCAAAAAAUUUAAUUUGAAAUUUUCCCAUUAGUACUAAGUAGUUAGCACUAUGUCUAGAAUAGAUUGAUUUCAUUUCGUUUUUAAAUAAAACUACAAAAUAAGCUUUUACAUAGAUUUCCUAUAGGUAUCAUUUGAACCAAUAUUGAACGUCAGAUUUAGAGAAAUCUCAGAAAAAAAAAUCAUUAUUGGUAAUUUUGACAUAAUAUGUUAUGACAUAUAUUCAUACAUACUUAAAUAUACUUGUAAGUUUAUACGCAAAAUAUAUUAAAAUUACAAAAAAAAAACAAACAUAAAUGUGAACAUAGUAGCAUUUGGUAGUUUUGUAAAUUAUGUUGUUGGUAACAUUUUCUUUAUAGUGUUUGGUGUGGCAACAUUUGCAGUAUUAAAAACUAUUUGAAAAUAAAAGGUUUUUACUAUUGCAAGAGUGGCCGUGCCUUCAUAUUAUACUAAAAUUUUGUGUACUUAUUUAUGUAAAUAAUACUUUUGACUAGUUCUUUACUAUCAAUUUUCGAUUGCUAUUCGAUGUGAAUGAUUUUGAUAUGUAUUCUUCGAUAAAUGCUAAAAUUCGAUACAUUUACGUAUUUUCGGCGAAUAUUUUGUUUUAUUGGAAUAAAUAGUGAUUGUUACCUCUUACUGCACGACAUCUAAAUUAUUUUUUAUCGAUUGAAAUCGAUAGUGAAUGUCGUCGAUUUUAAAUUUAAUCGAUAUUGUGCAUUUCUAAUUUCCUUGCCCGUUUAGAAAUAACUAAGUAUAUAGUGAAUUUGCAUGUACUUUUAAACAUUGGCAUUUAUUAAUAUUAGUAAACAAUUUGCCCUCAAAGCAAGGAGGUGGGAAGUUUAUGGCAACAUUAGAAAAUAGUUUUUAGUUAUAUAUCUUAUAUUAGAGGUACCUCUUAAUAAUAUUAUGAUCUCAUAAACAACUAAAAUCUAUAUUAAUGUGGCAACACUGCGUAGUAGAUAUUGAGUUUAGAAAUGAUGUCAUUUGAUACGCUAUUUAUUAUUUAUUUUGUGAAAAAAAAAAAAUGUGUUGUGGUGAAAAUUCUUUUGGUAAUUAAAAUUAUAGUUGUAAGAUUUAUGAAUUACGAUUAAGUUUUAUUUGCUUGACGCACGACUGAUUUCUUUUUUCGCUGUCUCUUUAUACCUGUUUAAAUGUGUAUUUUUUUAACAAAAUUCACACACACACAGCACAGUUGAUGUUGUGCAAACUGUUGCUGUAUUGUAACAUUUUUUUUUAUUCUUUACAAGUUGCCCUUGACUGCAAUCUCACCGGAUGGUAAGUGAUGAUGCAAUCUAAGAUGGAAGCAAGAUAACUUGUUAGGAGAUGGAUGAAAAUUUACAUCCCUUUUGGUUUCUACACGACAUCGUACCGGAACGCUAAAGCUCUUGGUGGUACGUCUUUGUCGGUAGGGUGGUAGCCAAGGCCAAAGCCUCCCACCAGCCAUAUUUCGGUAUGAAACCACCUUAUAGAUGGUUUAUGGUGGUUUCAUACCGAAACGAUCGAAUUUAAUAAUUUUAUUUAGAUAUUUACCAACUUUCCACGUGUCUCAAACGGUGAAGGAAAAACAUUGUGAGGAAACUUGCAUACCUGAGAUUGUCUGCCAAUCCGCAUUGGGCCAGCGUGGUGGACUAAGCCCUAACCCCUCUAAUUCUGAGAGGAGAUUCGUGCUCAACAGUGAGCCGAAUAUGGGUUGUUAAUUAUGAUAGUAUACAGACUAAACUAGUGUGAAAGAGAUUACUAUACCACCGCGAAAUCCUCGUGUGUCAAGCGAAAAAUUUCGAGGUACCCUCUAAAUAUAUAAUAUACUUUAUAUUUCCUAUUAGAUAAAUAAAUAACCAAGUAUGAAUUGGAUUUGUGCAAUUUAGGUUAUAUUUUCUUUAUUGUACAUUUUGCGUUAUUUUUUUUUUGUUUAAACUGAUUUUUUGUAAGCAAUCGUACUUUGUAAACGUGAUAUUUUCAAAGGCCUACAUACUGUAUUAAGUUUUUUUUACAAAAAACACCGACUAAAUGCACAAAAAAAAUCUUCAUGAUCUUCUCCAUUAGUUCACAAAGAAAACAGAUAUAUUACAUUUAAAAUUUAAAUUAAAAAUACAAAUAUCUCCAGACGUCUUGGAGUAAUCGGUAAACAGGAAAAAAUAGAGAUUCCAAAAAAUUGUGAACCUUCUGUUUUGAUGUCGCUUAAAAAGGGACUCUUUAAUUAACAAUCAAUCAAUCCAUAAUGGUAAUUAACAACCAAUCAAUUAUCAGAAAAAGAUAUUAUUAUUUUUAAAAUUUUACAUUUUAAAUUUGUAAAAUCUUUUAUGAAACGACAAAGAUCAGUUUUUUCAGAAAAGAAAACGCAAUAACAUAGAUAAUAAUGGAUAUGGUACGGACGACACCAAAUAUUAACAAUUCGCUUUCGUUUAAACUAAAAAAAAAUUAAAAUUGUGUGUUACACGUGUUUUUUUUAUAAUUUUUUGAGUGUCUUUUUCCAAAUUCUAGUGUCGAACACUAACGGAGUCAGUUUUGUAAUAUUAAUACAUACGUCGGAUAUUAUAUUAGCUCGUUUUCGUUAAUACCAAAAUUAUUAUGUUAUCUAUUUUCUUUAAAAAAAAACAAUAUCGCUUUUACUUUAACGAGAAAAUAAAAAGUUUCUUUUCUGUAUACUUUUUGUAUUGUACUAAAUUCUUGAUAAGAGUUUCUAUGUGUGUGAUUUUAUGGUUAUAAGUUGAUUGGAGAUUGCUACCAAUAGUUAUCAAAAGUAUAGAUUUAGUGUAGAGUAAAGUGACGUCGAACGAAAAAUGAAUGUUAUAGAUCAUCUAGCAUUCAUUCUAUAAAACAAAAGUCUAAUGAAUAACAAAUGAGUUGCGGUAAAAAUAAUGGACUGAUACUCACAAUAGCCGUCAUUUUGUUAUUUAAUAAAAGCUAAUAGUUUGACAGAUCAUGCUCCAACAGUCCAACUAUAUCAACUCAGGGGCGUGGCUACCGCCGUAUAAGCCGUAACAACUAUAAGGGGCCCCAGAUUAAAGGGGCUAAAAAUAAAUGUGACAGUAAGUCACAUUUAUUUUGAACAAGCAUUUUUUUCAUUGGGUCCUCAACCUUCGAUAGAAGGCCCCUCCAAGGCACUCUACACCACUUCUAGUGGCGUACUUAAAGUAGGAGCAAACUUAUAGCUGAUAUAAAUACACAAAGGUCUGGCCGCGCCAGGCUGUCAAUCUAUAACUUUGAUUACGUGUUGUAUAAUCGCAUACGUUAAGCAACUUUUCGUUUGCUGGCUUUAUUUAGAAAAAAUAACAGUCUGCGGUUCCUGCAUUCGCAGUCUUUUGUGAUUUAAGUUUCAAUCUGCGAACAACUUUACUGUAACCUUUUUAAUAAUGUUUUAUAAAUCCUUUGACAUUUUUUAUUAUUAUCAGACAUUAGCACCGGUAUUAAUCUAAACGACAAUAUUUUAUCCCAUUCUUUAGUAUAUAAGAAUUGGACCUAACUUUAAAAAAAAACCAAUACGUUUUAUGUACAUUGUAUAUACGAUAAAAAAUAUAAAAUUCAGGCGAUAUUAAAAUUGGAUUAUCUAUCUAUGUUUUGAAAUCUUUAAUAAAAAGGUAAAAUACUAAUGAAAUGCCGUUGGUUAUAAAAAAAGUUUACUCUCGUGUCGAAUUCUUUGUAUUUUUUUUAUUUAGUGACAAAUUAGUUUUUGUUGUUAAAUAACUGUAAAUGGGAGAGUAACAUUUAAUUAUAACCAAGGGUCAGGUUUGUUCAACUGUCGACUAAAUUCUACGCCUUGUCGUACCGUAACGCUAAAUUACUUGGUGUUUGCCAACAACACACCACACAGUUGUAACCCAUUAGACUAUAGUCUGGCAAGUUCGUUUAUAACAACCCCAUGAAAUGCGGGCGACGGGGGAAAAUACUGCGCGGGUGUGAAAUCAUGCGUGCAGGUAAUUGAGGUGCAUCAGCCGUGGGUUUUAAUUCAUCGCUUCACGCCCCCUGGCCUGCGCGGACCAUCUGGAAUGGUACGAACGAAGUUGCCAAGCUAUACUAGAGUUGACUUGAAAAUUAACAUAAUAUUUAAGAUUUCGUUAAAUGGAACUCCUUUUAAAUCCCACGUAAACCUUGCUUUUUGUUGUUUAAGUAAAUAACAAUAAAUCUACUUAAAUACAUAAUGGUAUAAAUAUAAUUUACUAGAGUUAGGUCCAUAAUAAUAAUUAUGAUAUUAUUAAAAAGAGUUAUUUAUAAAUAGAGAAAAAAUAUAAUAUAUUGAAUGCACUAUGUAAAGAUAGACUGAUAUUGUUUACACAUUUAUGGCUAAGUGUUCAUAUAUGUAAUCCGUAUUUUAGAAUAAAAUAUGAAAUUGUGUGAUAUA